AUGGGCCUCUUCGACUCCAAGCUCAAGUUCCCCAUCCACAUGGUCCAGCUUGCGCUGAUCAUCGCGGCUCUUAGUCUCUCAGUGGCACGCAUCUUCCUCCCCAACCGCCCCAGGGGUAGAUCCGGCACGAUGGCUCUCGGCAUGUCCCUCAUCAUCAUCGCAUACCAAGUCCUCACCGAGCACGUCUCCUCCUUCAAGCGAUGGGGCAGCCUGAGAGCCAACCUGAUCCUCAACGGCAUGGAAGUCGUCUUCUGGGCCGCGGUCGCCUACAUGGGCAUCCAGGGCAACACACAAGCAGCAUGCCUGGGCGUCAGCUGCACUAUCGGCUGGAUCGUCGUCGUCAUGGGCAUCCUUCUCAGCAUCGUCGCCGGCUACGCCACCAUCAUCGCAUGGCUCGACUUCCGCUACUUCAAGGCCAACGGCGUCCGCCGCGGAUCCAUGAAGCAGACCGCUCUCGGCAGCAGCAGCGACAGCGAGGGCGGCCAGUCCGCUGAGCGCAUCGAGAUCCAGCAGCAGAGCAAGCCCCAGACUUCUUCCCCUGCUCCUCGUCCCGCCGUCGCCCCUGUACACUUCAACAACAGCCAGCAGCAGAGCAACCAGUACGAUGCGCCUCCCUACGGCCAGCACUAUGCUCAGCAGUACCAGCAGCAGCACCCUCAACAAUACCAGCAGAGCCAGCAAUACCACAACCAGUACCAGUACCAGCAGAGGCAAUGAGUUGGAGGAGAGGUGGACUUUCGAAUUGAAUAGGACUUUCUGAGCGAUUCAGCAUAUCCAGCGGGGCGAAUUGGGAUAGGGAUACAAUUUUCAUUUGUUUUUACAAGCGAGUAUGAUUUUCCAAAGAGACCGGGUUGGUCUACACAGCCAUGGGAUAAUAGGGUUCACGUCAGAAGGGAACCAUGGGACUUGAGACCAGAAUAUCUGGGUUUCUUCUUUGUAAAAGCCCUUGGGGCAUAGAGGCC